AUGAAAUCUACUUCAAUCGUUUUAUGUGUUCUUGUCUCAACAGUUGGAACACUUCUGAGAAGUUUAGAUGAAGAGAGUCAUGAGUGCUUAUUCAAUUGCCCAAAACGAACACGAAAUGUCAGUGUUCCGAAGACGGAAAAAGCAUGUAUGGGAGACGACGCAAUUAUUGCUCAAAUAUUGGAUGGAUACAAUAAAUUGGAUCUUCCUGGGGGUGGACACGUCGAGGUUUCUAUUGAGAUCUGGGUUCAAGAAGUCUCAAAAAUUAUCGAGAUCACAUCUGAGUUUGAACUGGACAUAUAUGUGACAGAACGAUGGACAGACCCGUCACUCGCUUAUGCUCAUCUGAAUCCGUGUAAAAGCAACAUGUCAGUAGACGGCGCAACAAUUCUUAACAAGAUCUGGAAUCCUCAUGCGUGUUUUGUUAACAGCAAACUCGCGAAUAUCCACGAGUCGCCGUUCAAAAACAUAUUUCUGCAAAUCUAUAGUAAUGGGUCAAUAUGGCACAACUACCGUAUCAAGUUGACGGGUCCUUGCUCAAGUACUUUGCGAACCUUCCCAAUUGAUCAACAAAGAUGUAUGCUAUUCUACGAAAGUUUUACCCACAAUAGCGAUCAAGUGAAAAUGGACUGGAUAACUACUGUACCACCAAUAACAAUUCUCAAAGGAAAUAUAACAUUGCCUGAUUAUGUUCUGGUUGAUUUUUCAGCGAGUAGCGAGUUGAGACUUUACCCACCAGGUAUAUUCAACGAACUAAUCGCCACGUUUACCUUCCAACGACUAUACGGUUUUUAUAUUCUCCAAGUCUAUGUUCCUGCCUACAUUUCUGUAUUCAUCUCAUGGGUAUCAUUCACGUUGGGUGCUGAACAAAUACCAUCAAGGACUACUGUAGGAGUUAAUUCUUUGCUGGCACUGACAUUCCAAUUUGGAGCAGUCGUUAACAAUCUACCAAAAACUUCUGAUGUCAAAGCUAUAGAUGUCUGGAUAUUGAGUUCUAUGGCAUUCAUUUUUGCGUCAUUGAUAGAAUUGGCUGUAGUUGGGUACUUAUCAAGAGAUGGUCAACAUGGAUCUAUAAAGUUUUCACGGUGUCGCUGCUCAUGGUUAUGUAUGAACUGUAAAGAUUGGACAGCGCUUAAAAUUGAUCAGAUGUCCUCUAUCGUAUUUCCUGUCAGCUUUUUCGCAUUCAAUAUCUGGUACUGGUUCAUAUUUCUCGGUUUUCUUUUCUCCAAAAAUGUGUCAUCUGAUGAAACAUCGACAUGA